UCGCCAGUGAUAUGACGUCAGAUCCGUUUACACCUUACUCCUCUUCCGGUGAUGGAAUUUGUAGGAAUACCGUUGUCCUAAACGACGGCAAUGACGGCGUAACUAAUGACAACGACUUGGAAACGCCCAGGAACUGGGAAUUUUGGGAACAUUAUUAUUUAACAAUGGGUCUUUCGUGCUCACAAGAUCCAAGCGAACCGGGUACCGAAGAUCCGCAUAGUCCAAGCAAUCCGGAUACUGGUGGAGAUAAAAUCUGCGAAGCAGGAGUUUGGUCUGACGCAGGCGUCGACAUGUCGAAUGACGUAGCAGGUGCCUUGUUGAUAACCUUCAUCUGCUUGACGACCGUUCUGUUGUUCAUGUUUAUAUUCUCCUGCUGGCAAAGCAAUAAAAUGAAGAAAAAGAUAAAGAAACUCUUGUCAGACGACUAUGAUGGAUCGGUGGUUUCCAACAUGUCAUCGAAGCUGUAGAAAAAGGAAUGAAUUCAACUUUAUACUCAGUGGUUCUCAAAACUUUUAAGCCCCCCCCCUCCCCCCUUUUCUAGAAUUAGUCUUGCGCCCCACCUCAAAAAAACUAAUUAUCUAAAAAAAAGUUAUAAAUAACCGAUAUUAAGGCGGAAAUAUGUUUUAUUCAAAAUAUACGUUGCAAAUGCGUGUAUAGAACGUAAAUAUCCGAAAUGAAGAAAUGUAAUUUACCAAAAUAAGGCAGGCAAGAUCAAAUCUAAAAAUGCUUUAUAUUUUAAUUGGCUUUACGCCCCCCUGAUAAUUGUCUACACCCCUACGUGGUGGUGCGUGCCGCACCGUUUGAGAACGACUGAUAAACA